GCAGGAAGACGACGUAUAUGAAGAUGGAAUAACUAGUUUAGAAUUUUCAGAAUCUGAUAUGAAAUCUUAUUCCUCAAGUACAUUCAAUGAUGAUUUACCACCUGAUUAUGAAAUACUGACAGAAGGGAGUAAAAGUUCAUGGAAUGGUAAUUACAGAAUAUCUGGCGAAGGUAAUACAGAGAAGCCCAUUUUAAACAAUAAAAAGAAAAUGAAUAAAUUCAAGCCAUUUAGUUUGGGUCCACAAUUACACAAUGAAACAGUCCAAAUAGAAAAAAGGCAAGUUGAUGAUGAUGAUCAUGAUGAUGUUUCUUCAUUAGAGAAAAUUGAAGACGCUGAUGAUUCUGGUGAAAUUGAAUUUGUGGAGCCAAAAGAGGCAUUGCUCGAUAGUUUAGGCGUUCCCGAAAAUAAAUCUCCCGAUCAAGAGGUAUCUAUUCCAGAAGAACUCAGUAAUAAUGAAGAUAUAAACUUCGUCGAAAAGAGUGCUGAUAUUGAAAGAAAUAUAGCCGACAUUCAAGAGCAAAUACCACAAGAGAAUAAUGAAUUUAAAAUACUUUAUGGCAAUGCAGUGAUUGAGCCCACUCAGCCAACAUAUGGCUUUAUUCCCAAUGCAAUAGAAUUUAAUACAGCACAGUCAAUAAUAACCAGCACAGAAGAAAAAACUGAAACAGUUAGAGGGCUGAAAGUUACGGCUGCUACUACGAUUAAAGAAACAGUUAAUAUAAUAAAUGAUGCAGAAGAUGUUGGGAAUAUAAUGAAUCUAAAGAUAGCAGAAACUAGCACGCGUAGAAAUAAUUGGAGAAAGUUCAAUGAUUCAUCGUGGAAACCUAACCGUUAUUUGAAGAAGGCUCUACUACAUAAAUUAAAUCGGAAUAAGACAAGUACUUACAAGGAUGUAAAUGUAAAACCAAGUGCUUCACCAGCUCAUCCGAAAAAGGCUUUAUUUUAUGCAAAAGUCAACAAAUACACUCCAUCUGAUGAUGAUGAUGAUGAUGAUGACGAUGACGUCAAGAUACGAAUAACGAAACAAGACAAACAUAGACAUUUAGACGAACUGUAUGACGAAGAAGAUGCAACUACCAAAAAUGAAAUGCUAAACAUAUCAGGAGUGCCAAACAUAGUUCAAGACUCUACUAAGAAAGACAGCUACAUAAUGAAACUUAUAAGUAAUGUCGAUAGACAAAGAGCUGUAACUCGCACGACUGAAGCUGCCACUGUGGAGGAUAUUUCAGAGCAUCAUUCGGCUUUAGACAAGCUUAUUCAUCUGGAAAGAAAGUAUCAAGAAGCAAUAUCUUCAACCACUGUGAAACCUCCGGUAACUAAAUCUAGCGAAAGGAAAUCUAAAUAUUCUAAGAAAGGCGUAAUUUACAAACACUACGAAUAUACCACACCGGAGGCAAAUGAUAAUACGGAUUUGGAUACAGAGGUAGAAGUGAAGCCACUACAGCAUCUCAGGCCGAAGGAUAGUAAGGCUGGCUUCUUCAAAAGCUUUCCAAUGAAAUAUACAGUAUCAGACGACGAUGAACCUACCAUUAAUCCAAUGAAGAAGACAGAAGAUGCAUCAGAUUAUUUCGACUAUCAGCAAACUGUUAUAAUCUCGAAUAGAACAAUAACCUAUGACCAAGAUUAUAGUAAUGGUGAAACCACCACUCGAUACAUCAUCCCGAAUAGAACUAAAUCUGCUGACCAUGAUUUUAGCAAUGAAGAAACCACUACCCGAUAUACUAGAACAGUUAGUAAAAUUAUCCAAUAUUUCGACUAUCAGCAAACUGCAAUCAUCCCAAAUAGAACAGUAACUGCCGAAUAUAUUAAUGAUGAAACCACCCGAUACCUCAUCCCAAAGAGAACUAAAUCUUCUGAACACAAUUUUAACUAUGGUGAAACCACUACCCAGUAUAGUAGAACAGUUAGUAAAACUAUCCAAAAUUUAGACCUCGACGAAACAACACUACAACCCGUAGUAAAACCCACAAGAGUGAGGCUUAAACCUAGCAGACCGAUACACAAAUACGACACAACAACGCAAAUGAAAUGGAGAAGCGAUUUCACAAAGAAGAAACAAGAUGUUCUAGAAAACUCCACAACAUCUAAAGGGUAUAUUGAGAUAAUUUCACUGAAAAACCAUGAUUUUUUACAAUCAAAAUUGAAUUUAUCAUCUUAUGAAAGAGAAGAUCAGAUGAAAGAAGAAAUGUUUUCUACCGAUAGAGUGGAUAGAGCUAAACAGUUUUCGAUGCCGGAUAACUUUGCCAACUGGAAACCUGAGUCUGAUAUUGCGAAUGCCGCUGCCGUUCCGAAGAAUAAAUAUUUCGACUAUCAGCAAACUGUAAUCAUCCCGAAUAGAAGUAUAACUACCGACAAAGACUAUAGUAAUAAUGUCACCACCCGAUACAUCAUCCCGAAUAGAACUAAAUCUGAUUACCAUGAUUUUAAGCAUGAUGAAACCACUACCCAAUUUACUAGAACAUUUAGUAAAAUUAUACAAAAUAUAAACUACAACGAAACAACACUACAACCCAUAGUAAAGCCCACAAGAGUGAGGCAUAAGCCUAGCAGACCGAUACACAAAUACGACACAACAACGCAAAUGAAAUGGCGAAGAGAUUUUAUAACACAGAAACAAGAUGUUCUAGAAAACUCCACUACACCUAAACCUAAUAUUGAGAUAAUUAAACUGAAAAAACAUGAUUUUUUACAUUCAAAAUUGAAUUUAUCACCUUAUGAAAGAGAAGAUCAGAUGAACGAAGAAAUGUUGUCUACCGAUAGAGUGGUGGGAAGGAAAAGGACAGAGACAGUGAGUGUAGAUGCUAAACAGUUUUCGAUGCCGGAUAACUUUGCCAACUGGAAACCUGAGCCUAAGAUUGCGAAUGCCGUUCCGAAGAAUAAAUAUUUCGACUAUCAGCAAACUGUAAUCAUCCCGAAUAGAACUCUAACUACCGACCAAGACUAUAGUAAUGAUGAGACCACCACCCGAUACAUCAUCCCGAAUAGAACUAAAUCUGAUUACCAUGAUUUUAAGCAUGAUGAAACCACUACCCAAUUUAGUAGAACAUUUAGUAAAAUUAUUCAAAAUAUAAACCACAACGAAACAACACAACAUCCAACAGUUAAACCCACUAGAGUGAGGCAUAAACCUAGCAGACCGAUACAUAAAUACGACACAACCACGCAAAUGAAAUGGCGCAGCGAUUUCACAAAGAAGAAACAAGAUGUUCUAGAAAACUCCACAAUUGGGAACAUAAAUACGCUGAAAAACCAUGAUUUUUUACACUCAAAAUUGAAUUUACCUUCGUAUUUAAGAGAAGAUCAGAUGAUAGAAGAAAUGUUUUCUACCGAUAGAGUGGUGGGAAGGAAAAGGACGAAGACAGUGAGUGUAGAUGCUAAACGGUUUUCGAUGCCGGACAACUUUGCCAACUGGAAACCUGAGCUUAAGAUUGCGAAUUUCGUUACGAAGAAUAAAAACUACCAUUCUGUGUCUCCAGAAAACAGACGAAAACUAACAUCUCCUAUCGUUGUGCCAACUAGAACGCCAAUAGCUGAUAAUAUUGUAACUGUGGCAGACAGACAGACAACCACAAUUCAUCCAAAAACUAUAGAACCUGUCGUGGAAAUAACUGAAACACGAAACUUGAUUAUACCUACUAGAACCAGAACAAAAAAGAUAUUUAAAAAGAAGCACCACUACGCUUUACCGCGCAUAAAGAUAGUAACAAUAACUCCCAUAAAAAUACCAAACAGAACCAAGACCCUAGAAUAUUAUAUUAUUCCAAACGUAACUGCGACAAGCAGUAUGUAUCCUAAAACUGCAUUUUCAAAGGACAUAGCAAAAUCAAGCCAGACGAAUAUAAUGAUACCUACACGUAUUAGAACAAAAUCUGUAGCUAAAAAGUUCUCACAAUUCCUACCAUCGACAAUAAAAACUAGAAAAGAAACAGGAACUACUCAGCACUAUACAGUUCCAAAUAGAACCAAACCCAUGGAUGACCAACAUUUUAGUGAAGAUGAAAGCACUAGCCAACUUACUGGGACAUUUAGCAAAGUUAUUAAUAAGAAAUCACACCUCUUAACGUCAAGAAAACCAACUAAAGCAAGAACUACUCUUCAAUAUGCAAUAAUUCCAAAUAGAACCGAACCAAUAAUAGUUGACUAUAGUAAUGGGAGAACCACCAAAUAUACAAGAACAUUUAACUUCAGUAGAAUACCUAAAAAAUCGCACCUUCUAACGUCUGUAUCACGAACUAAAGUGAGGACUUCUCUUCAAUAUGCAAUGGUUCCAAAUAGACCCGAUCCAAUAAUUUAUGACCAAAAUUAUAAUAGCGAAAGAAGCGCCAUGGCAGAAUAUACUACUGGAAACUUAAGUGAAGUGACGAAAAAAUCACUCCACCAAACAUCAAGAUCGUCAAAUAAAGCGAAAUCUAAAAUUAGUCUUACACUUCUUCUUCCAACUAUAACUAGAACCGCUAAACAACAUUAUAGUAAUAACGGUGAACCUACACUACAUGCUACAAAAUUUAGUAGAAUUGCUAAGAAAUUACAUCGCCUAACUUCAAGAUUACCAACUAAAGGAAAAGUAUCAAGGAAAUCUAGUCUUCAAAAUAAAAUAUUUCCACCUAGAACGUUGACAAUACUUGGCCAACAUUAUAUUACACAGAAAAUCACCACCAGCACUAGGAAAACUAGUAAAAUGAGUAAAUACACUCAUGGGCCCUUUAUAUCAACAAAACAGACUAUCACAGGAACAAAACAGCAAUACGAGAAUUUGCCUGGCGUAACUAGGACCAAAGAAAUAUCUUCUACCGAUUAUAAAAGCAGAUACUUAUCUACUCGACUGUACGAUUUCGUUACUGAAGCCACUUUGCUUCCCAAAAGAAAACCGUAUAAAACUAGCCACGUCAUGCAAUACGAAACGAUUCAAACCAAAUCAACGAUGGAAGAACCACCCACUUAUAUCACUUUGACACUGACUGAAGAUUAUAAGACUAGAGAGGAUGUUACUACAACUGAAGCUUUCACUGAAAUAUCUGAAGAAUACUUCAACAUAACGUACACAAUCCCUACAAGAACCAUAGGAGUUAUAGACCAAUACACAUUUAUACUUAAACCCACCAAAAUGUCCAUAGUGCCACAAAGAACAACAGGAAAUCUGAAUAAUAUUAAAAGAAAUUUUGGAUCAAAAUCCAAGGUUAGACCAAAUAAAAAUGGCUUAGUGAAAAGUAAAAGUCAUACCAAUCUGGAUUACAAUAAGACCCCUGGAACAAUUCGUACACAGAAUCACUUUACCAAAAAGUUCGGUCUAACUAGAACAAGUUAUCAACAAGCUUUAACAAGAGAUAGACAUAAAUAUAAGAUUGGACUAACUCGCCCAGGUGAAGGUCAAGAGAUUGGUCCAACGAGGUCAACUAUUAAUGCAGAAUAUCACUAUCCAACAAGGACUAUUGACUCACAAGAAUACUACACUAAAACAUUUGGUCCAACAAGAUUGGAACCUAUACGUUGGACAAAAAAACUGUAUAAUGGUCCAACUAGGACACAUAUGCCAGAAGAAGAAAGUAUAUUGCACAAAAUAUUCAAAACAACUAGAACUUAUUAUCACGCUGACACUAAAAAGUUAAAUGAUUACCUUGGAUAUUAUACUAUCAUCCCCAGAAGAAAAUAUAAACACAAAACAGAUAAACACACAUUUCAUGAUAUUCCUAGCAAAAGAAGCAGUUCCUGGACAAAUAUGUUAGCAGAGCAUAAAACCAAUGAUGAUUCACAUGAUUACAGUCAACGUGAAGAGAAAACAGAACAACAGAAACCAAAUUCAGAUAAAGAAGAGGAUAGUGAUAGCGGAGAAAAAAACCCUAAUUUAGAUAAAUAUGAGAACAGUGAUACUGGAGUACAAAACCCUCAUUUAGUUAAAGAAGAGAAUAGUAACAUGGGAGAACAAAAUCCUAAUUUGGAUAAAGGAGAUAACAGCGAUGAUACAGAUACAGGUGAAACCCCUAAUUUGAAUAAAGAAGAACAAAAAUCCAUAUCACCGCCUAUAGAACAAGAAGAAUACAAAGCCACGGCAGUACAACCAGACGAAAGAGCAAAUAAAUUCAGGCUUACAAGAACAACAUACAAAUUCAAGAUCGUACCAACUAGGACCAGACAACAGCAUUUUAGAAUUAUGGAAGGAGGACAUCGGCCGUUGAACAAAAAUAUCCAGUUAAACCUAGAUUCUUCCGAAGAAAGGGCGUUUCUUUUUGACAAUCGAAACUCAAUAUUAGCUAACUCUGAUAAAAAUGAAAAGAAGUUAAAAGAAAUUCCUGUUUCGUUUGGUAAAACAAGAGUUAUGGACGAUUUGGAGAGCAUUGAAGAUGUUAAGUUUGAAUUUGAAAAUGUGACGGAAGCACCUGCUGAUUAUGAAAUAGGAAGAGUCACUCAGAUUGUCUCUGAGGCUACAGACGAGCCCGACAGUUACGAGUCUCUGAUGAAGAGAAUCAACGUGCUGACUCCAUACCCCGACGCCCCGGCUCUGCAAAGCACGAAGCUCGGGGGGUUUGAUGAUGAGGAAACGCCCCGAAAUUCCCCUAAACCAAAAUUUAAAAUUAAACUUAAACUGGACCAAACCAACAAAGAUAAAGCGAACGAAAAGGAGGAAAUACCUGAUGACGUAUUUCCGAAAUAUGAGGAGCUUCAGGCAGGACCUGACGAACCGCCACCUCAAACCGACCCGGCAGUACCCCAACCUACGGAACCCCAAACUACGGAAUCCGAUACUGAAACAACCGAAGAAUCCUCAACGGAGUCCAACGAAACCUCUACGGAACCCGUGCCAUCGGACCCCUGUGAAGUGGCUGAUAACUUCUUGAAAAAAGAUCUGCAGAAUAAAACUAUUCUUCCAGUUCCUUUUACGAGGACUGGGGUGGCUAUUGGGACCAAGUUGCUAACUUUCGCGCUUGUUGUGUUGGUGUUGAGGCAGGCCACUUGAUUUGCUACUGUUUAUUUGAAUACAAUAUGUUUUACUGGUAA